AUGGCAAAAAACACAAAAAUAAUGCUAUAUUUAUCAACAUUAUUAUUGCAGCUAAAUGCAAUAAAUUCAGAAGAGGACGAUGAUUUUGGGACUACAGAACCAAGUGAAGAAGAGUGGCAUAUGGAUUUUAUGCCGACUGGAUAUCUACCAGACAGCGUCUACAGAGAACUAGCUUGGUAUGGGAUACUGCAAAUUCAACCUUUACACCACAGCACUAAACAUAAAGUUGCUGCGCAACUAAUCUGGCAACAUACACUUGGAAGACCAUACGUGAUCAUGGAAAGUCCUCCUCAGUCAACUCAAUCAGAAGGUAAAGUAAGUCGACAAAUACUAGCCGAAGAGGCCGCAAAGUGGUCAAGAGAGCAACGUGCAGCGCAAGAAGUGCUUAUGGAAAAUAUCAAAAGUGGCGGAAAUGGUCUUACCGUCAGAACAGUAAUCAGCGCUCAACAUAAAACGACGUACAUUAUACAAAAUGGAAAUUAUUACACAUGCCCAGAAGGUUCUGAACCUGAUCUAGAUGCCUACAGAAUGCAGGCCAAUAUGCACGAAAGAAAAUGUACUUUUGGAAGGUCUUCUAUCCCUGUACCAAUAGAUCCUUGCAUCGAAGCGGAAGUAGCACCCAUAGAAUAUUCCUUUCAUGAAGGAUGGAUGUUUUGCCUCGGAAAUGGUGAACGGGAAAAUAAUUAUUUCCAAAAUGGUACAUUAGAUUGUGGGAAUAAAACAAAGAUUUCGGUGGACGAAUUUUUAGAAAAAUGUGCCAUUGAUAAUAAUGUAGUUAUAUCAUUCGACUACUAUGGUGAUGAACCUAGAAAGGAUUUGUUACAUAAUGCUACUUUAUGCACUACUUGGGAUCCAUGUAAAUUAUCCUAUUUAUAUAGAUUAGAGCCCCCACCGGUUGAACUCGCUCCUGCUUUUCCAACCACGACUACUAAUCCUUGCGAGACAACAAUAUGUCCAGAAUGUAUGGAAGGAUUCACUGGUGAUCAAGGAGUUCCCAUCGAUUUGGAAGAAAAG